AUGCCUCCGGCAUUGAGACCAGCUGUGCCAUCGCAGAGGCUCCUGAGGUUUCUGCGCGCCCAGUCGGAAGGGCUUGGUGCUUUCGCAGAGUGCGCCGGCGGCCGGUUACCACCUCGACGCCAUGCUUGCAUGUGCCCCGCGAAGACGAGAUCGCUUGACAAUUACUCGACCACCCCGACCACCCGUCACGAACCCACACUCCAGGCCUCCUUUUUUGGUCUCCGCCCACUCUUCCCGAAAUCGCUGACGAGACAGCGGGGUACCACCCCGCAGGAGUCCAGUUCUGCCGCGGGGGCGCCUCGAUAUGCUUCUUCCGAACAAAAACCGCCGAAGCUCAAUGGCCGCAAAAAUGGCGGCAAACCAGUAUGGCAAGAGUGGCUUUUUGGGUCCGAAAAACAACGGGGGGAGGGACGGAAGGACGACGACAUUAGGGUGCGAUUGGAGGAGGAAUCCGGGUCCAUCUUCCAGAGCAGGUCUUUGACCGCGAAGGCGGCACUCGACCCAAGGUUGAGGUGUACCGAGGUAGACGGGACGGGGAAGGUCAUAAUGGUAGAUGGUGAGCUCAAGAAGAGCGAGCUUAUCGCCAGGUACGGGUUACUUCCGCGCGAUCUCCGAAAGAUUGAUUCCUCGAAUCUUCCACAUAUCCUCGUUCGGCCCUCCGCUAUUCUUCUCAACCUCCUCCAUCUCAAAGUCCUCAUCAAGCACGACCGCGUCCUGUUGUUCGACGUCUACGGCUCCACCUCGUCGUACCCCCAGUCCGCAUUCAUGUAUGACCUACAGGGGAAACUACAGCAAAAGCAAACCGCUAGCGCGAAUAGUCUGCCCUACGAAUUCCGGGCCCUAGAAGCGGUUUUGAUGUCCGUUACCGCGGAGCUCGAGGCCGAUUUCGAGUCCGUUCGAGACCCGGUGAUCCGAAUUCUGAGUGAUCUAGAGGACGAUAUCGACCGCGAGAAACUGAGGAUUCUUCUGGUCUUGUCUAAGAGAGUUAGCACGUUCGAGCAAAAAGCCAGGCUCGUCCGCGAUGCUCUCGAGGAGCUUCUGGAGGCGGAUGACGAUCUUGCCGACAUGUACCUGACCGAAAAGAUGCACGAUCUGAUCCGAGGCGAGGAUGACCACACAGAAGUUGAGCUCCUUCUGGAGUCGUACAACAAGAUAUGCGAUGAGGUGGUUCAGGAGGCGAGUAAUUUGGUGUCAAGCAUCAGGAAUACUGAGGAAAUUAUUCGAGCGAUCCUUGACGCCAAUCGCAACUCACUCAUGCUGCUUGACCUCAAGUUCAGCGUCGGCACCCUCGGCCUCGCCAUGGGCACCUUCCUAGCAGGCCUGUACGGCAUGAACCUCGAAAACUUCAUCGAGGAAACCAACUGGGGUUUCGGCGCCGUCACGACCGUUUCCUCCAUCUUCUCCCUCUUCGUUUGUUGGUACGGGCUGGUGAAACUCCGCAAGGUCCAGCGCGUCAAGAUGGGCGGCGGCGGUGUCGGCGGUUUGCGAUCUCAGCACGACUGGUUCUGUGACGACGGCACAAACGGCCUGCUGAAUCCUAGCAACCGCGAGCGGUUGAGGCGGAUCAACAUGAUCAAGAGCGCCAAACAAGUGCGGUCCCGAAAGUGGCCGUUCCGGUAA